AUGGUGAUACCUCUGUUUCAUUUUGAUUCAAAAAAAAAGAGGAUUUUGGUCUAUCCACUCAAUAAAGCUCACCCAGCUACGCUCAGGGGAAUGGCAUCGAAUGCGAUGUCACAAGGCGGUUCACAGCCGGGUGGACCUGGAGGUGGCCCCGAUUCACAUGGAAUCUACGGGGGACAACCGAUUCCACAUUAUGCAAUGUAUCCGGAUCCCUCGAUCUAUCACCGAGGUCAGGGGAUGUCGGGGGAGGGGAUGGGAAUGAGUAUGGGUGGACCUGGACCUCUUCCAGGUCAUCCACAACCCGGAAUGAACCCUCAAAUGGCCGGAAUGCAUCCACAGGAUUAUAAUAUGACCGCCGCCCAGUAUCAGGGCAAUUACUUGAUGCAUCAACGACAAAUGAGCUUAGCCGGUUUCCAACAACAGAGAAUGGUUUAUGCUCCAGCAACCUCAGCACAAGGAAUGACUUCUCCAGCUCAAGGUGUUCCCCAAACAGCAACGCCUCAACACGGAGCUAUGGGCCCACCACAAAUUAUGCCCGCUCCACCAAUGAUGAGACAAUUUAGUCAGCCAAAUAUGCCUAUGCAGCACGCUCAACCGAACCCAGUGCCAAGGCCACGAUCUUCGCACGCUGUCGCUGCUGCUCAAAGUCCUCAAAAUACUCGACCUCUUCCCUCACCAAUGCAUGUGCCUUCUCCACUCGCCCAAGAUGUUUUCACCUCCCCUAAUUACCCGUCACCCAUGCAAAGACUAACAAAUACGCCUCAAGGAACUCAACCGAUGACGUCAACACAUCAAACUCCUGGUGGGCCUCUAUCUGCAGAAAGUAAUCACUCGUCAACGCCUGGUCCCCAACAUCCUCCACAACCUAUGCAAACACAGACGCAACAACAACAACAGCAUCAAUUGGCUCAACAACAUCAUAUUCAACAAAUGCAGAUGCAAAGCCAUCAAGCGUCACAGAUGCACCCGCAAAUGCAUCCAAGUCAACAGCAAAUGAUGCAGAAUGCUCAUCAUCAGGGAAUGGGCUCACCGAUGCAGCAAAUGCAUCCGCAGAUCCCUCAAAUGCAGCAAAUGCAAAGAAUACCGGGACCAAAUUUCCCGAGCUAUACAAACACCGAGAUGCCACCAGCUUUUCCUUUUUAUAUGGAUUUUCAUGCUCGACAAGAUCAAACCUUUGCUCAGCAAUAUUAUUUAAUGAGGAGACGAAAUCUCACUCAUGAGUAUCCGAAGGGAGAAAAGGGAGUGAUUCCGCAAGAACCAAUGACUUUCGGCUAUUUGCCUGACUCACUUUUUUACAAUGCACAAUUGGCGGCAAUAGUCCCAACUCCACCCGUUUCUACGCAAACCACAUCGACAACGACGACAACGAAAGGAAAGGGUACGGCAAAAGCGCCGGCUCAGAAGAAACCACGAGCCACAGCUGCUUCAAAAAAUAGAGCUAACUCAAACGCAUCAACAGCAUCAGAUCCAUCAAAAUUGAGCAGUCCUUGUUUCCCACCACCGGGUGGAAUGUUGCCAAUGGGAAUGCCGCAAAUGCAGCCGAUGAAUGGCCACAUGAUGGGACAGGGACCUAUGGGUGGAAUGCAAAGUCCGAUGGGUGGUCCACCAAUGGCAAAUGGGCACGUGCCACCGGGGAUGAUGAUGCAGCAUCCUGGGAUGAUGGGUGGAAUGAUGGGACCUGGCGGGCAACCGAUUGGUCCAAUGGGGAUCCCUCUAGGCUCCCCCUCCUCUCAUCCAUCCCCUUUCAUGAACCAAAUUCAUCCACAACCACCCCAACACGCACAACAUCAAAUGAACAAAAAGCCUGACUUUUCCCCAAUCACCCCAACCUCAACGAGUAGUGAGAUCAAGCAAGAAGAUAUGGAUGUUCAACAAGGCUACCCUCAACAAAUUCAACAUCAAAAUGGUAGACUGCAAGUAAUCAAAACAGAGUAUGACUCGAUGAGUGGACAAGGAUUCGGAGAUUUUAAUGGGACAAUGCGAGUCUUCGAGGGAGAUUCGGGGAGCCUGUGUUGUGCAGGUUGUGGUGGAAGAAUCACGGAGAACGAUCCCAACGUGAAAUGCUGUGGGGACAAUAAUUGUGGACAAAGUUAUCAUCAGAAAUGCUCAAAAUUGAGCGAUAAAGCGUUCACGAUGUUAAAAUCGGAGAUGCAAUGCGAGUGGAUCUGUGAUCGAUGCUUUUUGCGACAUCACCCGGAUCAACAUGUUUUCCCGUCUCCAAUUAUCACU